AUGCAGUUAAAAGAAACUCUCGAAUCGCCAAGCACCAGAAAAGCAGAAGUCAUGGCAAUCGAAGAGGCCGACUCCUGGAUGACCCCAUUGAUGAAAUAUUUAGACCACGGUGAAUUACCAACAGACAAAAUCGAAGCUAUCCGCACCAUCAGAAAAUCUGCCAACUACUCAUUUCACAACGGAAUUCUUUACCGAACCUCCUUAACUCAUCCAUGGUCUAGACACGACAAUGUCAGUCGCAAACCAGCAGUAUCUCAAGGAUCAAUGGAGAGCCCUUUGCCGUUCGCCAUAUGGGGGAUCGAUAUAGUUGGACCGUUUGAAACGGGAAAACAUCAAUUGAAAUUUCUAAUCGUCGCAAUAGAGCACUUCACAAAAUGGGUAGAGGUAGCGCCAGUCGCAACCAUCACUGCAGCCAGAGUAGAAGAAUUCUUCAAGAACGAAGUAAUAUACCGAUUUGGCAUACCCCACACUGUAAUAGCAGACAACAACAAACAAUUCAACUACAAACGGUUCAAGGCAUUCUGCAAAGGACUAAUGAUCAAUUUGAAAUUUACUUCGGUGGCGUACCCUCAAACAAACGGAACGACGGAAGUCACCAACCGAACCAUAGCACAAGGAAUAAAGAAGAGGCUUUCUCAGAAUAAGGAAAAUUGGGCAGAAGAAUUAUACAGCGUUCUAAACAUCUUGUUUCUGCUUAUCAAGCUUCGCAUUCACCUCCUUCGCCAAAGAAGCAGGAUCCAACUGAUUGACGCCAGAAAGAUCGAUGCUAGGAUUCAACUUGUUGCCAGGGCACCUAGUCCUUGUCCUACACCCAUUGGACAAGGACGACCCUCUGCCUCUGAAAAGAGGAAUGCAGCUGGCUCAAACUCAUUUAAUGGUGUUUCAUCUAGCAUAAAUGAUCCAACAGAUUUGGCAACUGCUUUGUCUGGCAUGAACCUGUCAGCAAAUGGCGUGAUGGAUGACGAGAACCAAAAGAAUGCCAAUCUGUUUGGUAUUCAAGGAGGUCAGAAUCACGUGAUGCAAAAUGCCUAUCUAAAGAAGUCUGAAUCUAGAAAUUCGCAUAUGCCUUCUGGUCCUCAGUCCACAAAAAUGUCUUAUGCUGAUUUUGGUAUGAAUAAUGGCAAUGGGUCUGACCUCAACAACUCAUCCUUUGGAUCUGAAAGACACACUGAACGGCAUAAUUCUGGCGUCCUAGGCAAUUCAUACAUGAAAGGCUCACUGAACUCCACUCUCAAUGGUGGAGGUGGCUUACCCUUCCAGUAUCAGCAUCUAGAUAAUGCAAAUUCAUCACUGCCAAACUAUGGGAUAAGUGGAUAUUCCAUGAAUCCAGCAAUGGCUUCCAUGACGAGUAGCCAGCUUGGCACUGGUAAUCCACCAAUGUUGUUUGAGAAUGUUGCUGCCGCUUCAGGUAUGGCCAUACCCAAUCUGGAUUCAAGAGUUCUUGGAGGAGGUUUGGGGUCCGGAGCGAAUCUAACUUCUGCUGCAUCUGAUCCUCAUAAUUUUGGACGAGUGGGUAGUCCGAUGGCAGGGAGUGCCGCUCAGGCCGCUUUUGCAGACCCACUAUACCUCCAGUACUUGAGGACUCCUGAAUAUGCUGCUGCUGCUCAGCUUGCAGCUCUUAAUGAUCCCUCAGUGGAUAGAAACUACUUAGGUAAUUCUUAUCUAAAUUUAGUGCAAUUUCAGAAGGUUUAUCUUGGAGCGCUUUUGUCAUCCCAAAAAUCACAGUAUGGUGUACCUAUGGGUGGUAAAUCUGGUUCCAAUCAUCAUAGUUAUUAUGGAAAUCCUGCCUUUGGUGUCGGCUUGUCAUAUCCUGGAAGUCCUCUAGCAAGUUCCGUUAUUCCUAACUCCCCUGUUGGACCUGGGAGUCCAAUAAGACACAAUGAGCUGAAUAUGCACUAUCCUUCUGGGAUGAGGAACUUAGCUGGUGUCAUGGGGCCAUGGCACCUGGAUGCAGGUUGUAAUAUGGAUGAGAGCUUUGCUUCAUCACUCUUGGAAGAGUUCAAGAGCAAUAAAACUAAGUGUCUUGAACUUUCAGAGAUUGCUGGCCAUGUCGUUGAGUUCAGCGCCGACCAAUAUGGGAGUCGAUUUAUUCAACAAAAACUUGAAACAGCUACAGUUGAUGAAAAAAACAUGGUUUAUCAGGAAAUUAUGCCUCAAGCCCUUGCUUUGAUGACUGAUGUGUUUGGUAAUUAUGUAAUUCAGAAGUUUUUUGAACAUGGACUUCCUUCACAAAGAAGAGAACUGGCUAGCAACCUUUUUGGUCAUGUUUUGACGCUUAGCUUACAAAUGUAUGGAUGCCAAGUGAUCCAGAAGGCCAUUGAGGUUGUUGAUCUUGAUCAGAAGAUAAAAAUGGUUGAAGAGCUUGAUGGUCAUAUCAUGCGCUGUGUCCGCGACCAGAAUGGAAACCAUGUCAUCCAGAAGUGUAUUGAGUGUGUUCCUGGAGAAAGUAUUCAGUUUAUUGUCACAACAUUCUUCGAUCAAGUUGUGACUCUCUCUACCCAUCCAUAUGGCUGCCGUGUGAUACAGAGGAUUUUGGAGCACUGCGAGGACCCUAAUACACAGAGUAAGGUUAUGGUUGAGAUUUUAGGAGCUGUUAGCAUGUUGGCACAAGAUCAAUAUGGCAACUAUGUUGUUCAGCAUGUGCUAGAGCAUGGAAAAUCCCACGAACGUUCUGCUAUUAUUAAGGAGUUAGCUGGGAAGAUAGUUCAGAUGAGUCAGCAGAAGUUUGCUUCCAACGUUGUGGAGAAGUGUUUAACUUUUAGUGGUCCUAAUGAGCGGGAGAUACUGGUUAGUGAGAUGCUUGGAACCACUGAUGAAAACGAGCCUCUCCAGGCAAUGAUGAAAGAUCAGUUUGCUAAUUAUGUUGUUCAGAAAGUACUUGAGACUUGUGAUGACCAACAACGCGAGUUAAUCCUUACGCGGAUUAAAGUUCAUUUAAAUGCUUUGAAGAAGUAUACCUACGGAAAGCAUAUUGUUGCACGCGUAGAGAAACUUGUUGCUGCUGGGGAACGGAGAGUUGCUUUGCAGUCUUUGCACCUUGCUUAGGCGGCCUAGGAAAGAAAGUCUGUACAGCUAACUGAGGCUAGUGUGAGCUUCAUCACUUUCUUCCUUCGAGUAUCUAGAGUUACUACUUCUCUGCCUAUCUUUCUAGACAGGUAUGAGCUUAUUGAAAAUAAAAGUUGUUGCUUGUACCGAAAACUGUACAUUGUGUAGUUUUAAGGUUUAUACAUAGAGUUGAGGUAGCUGAGGUUCAGAUGUUGAAUGCACCUGACGCCCCUGCAAGAGGAGAUAAAAUGACCGACAAUACAAGUGUUUUUACGGUGUGUAAAGAAUCAGCAGACGACGAGGGUAGUCUAAAACGUGACUGUACAAAAUGUUGGAAUGUGGAGAGUGCUGUUAAUGUUAGAUGAGGCCAGAGUUAUCCUUCAUGUAUCGGUAUCUGAAUUUUUUUUGUUCUUCCUUUUAAAAAAGUACAUUUUUCUUAUGUUUA